AUGGACUCGCAUUCUCAGGGCUCGAAUGCUGUUUACCAACAGCAACAGUAUAAUCAACAGGAACAACAAACACUCAGAACACAAGCCAGUUCUCAAACACUGCAACACAAAACAAGCGUCCCAAAUUUGAACCCUUCUCUAAAUACUAAACAGUUUCAGCCUUCACUUCCUAGCGAGUCUUCUCCUAUUGCUGCUGCUACUACUACUACUACUACUACUACUACUACCGCCUACGACCGUAAAGCAGACGCGUUAGCCACUUUGAAACUGCGAAGACAAACCAUACUCAACACACGACUGCGCAAGGAGCUCUCGUUCAAACGCAUCCCUGCUUCCGAAGCCUGCUCGUCUCUCGUUGCCUUCACACAGAAUGUCCAGGGAGAUCCGACUUUGCACGACUACUGUGUACCUUCUGUGUUUGGAGAUAAGCCCGCGUACAUGGGGCCUGACGGGUUGCCUGCGGCCCCACCAGCGGCUCUCAUAGCAGGUUACGACGGGCAAGCCAUGGAAAAUGGGGCGGUAUACGAUGGUAAGGGACAAGUAUAUUAUGAGGAAGAAAAGAAGACACUACUAUCGCCGGUCAGUGGCAAAUUUUCAACCGGUGGCGGGAGUGGAGGAGCAGCAACUGGAGGAGGACAUGGCAAUGGUGGAUGUUGUACCAUCAUGUGA